AUGCCUACUAAGACUCCCAAGAAGCGAACUCUUUCGUGGAGCGAGGGCACGCGAUCUGCGCGCGAGCUCGCGAUGGCGGCCACUGCACAGACCUCUCGAUUGGCGUGUAUCCCAUCACUAGCCCGCUUCAUCCUUGUCGUCCUGAGCAGUCUCACUGUGAGCUCUGUUCUGUUCACACUCACAUCCACCUUGACGGUGGGCGAUCUCGGGCCUAUCAGCAAACACCUUGAAGAAUGGUGGGAAGUUGGGGGCUUAAUAGGUUGGAGGGCCAUGGAGAUCGGAUCAGCCUGGGCUCUAGGAUUUGAUGCGCUCCCAUUCGCCCUCCUGCGCCGAUCCUCGUCCGUCCACAAUCUUUCGCAUGCGCCUGCUGAUGCAGUUGCCAAUCGAAACAUUCUACAGGACAGAACUACAACUGUCUUCACAACACUUCUGGCAACCUCGAUUUUCAGCGUUGUGCUGUACGCCAGCUAUGCGACUUGGCUUCCUACACAGCUGGUCAUUCACUUUGAGGGUCUCCCAGAUAUCAGCGCGGCACAUGCUGGUCCCGCCGGCUUGCCUGUCCUCUUUCUGACGCUGAUUCCUGCUGGCUGGGCGGCGCGGGACUUUUUAUUUGUCAGCUCAACUGGCUACUCAACCACUCCCACUGGGUUUACAAGCUGCUGCGAGGGUGAAAAUCUGGCUGCGUUCAUUUGUCGCACCACUUGGGGCAAACUUACCAUCAAGUCGAGAGUGUUGCUUUCUCGGUCCAUUCUACUUGCGCUUGGAGUCCUGCUCAACACAAUUGUUCAAGUGGCAGGCACCAUCAACGAUGUCUCUAUCGAAGGUGCUGCCACUUGGGGAGCUGUCUGGGCAUUUGCGACGCUGACCGUAGGAGCAACCUUCGGCUGGAUUGAAGCUGUUGAUGGUCUAUGA